CUCCGGCUCGUUUUGCAGCUCCGGACCUGGGGUCGCUGAGCUGCUUUGCAGCUGGGCUGCCGAGCUGCUGAGCUGCCCAGCUGCCGAGCUGCCGAGCUGCCGUGUCUGGCUCUCGGAGUUCGGAUCUCGGCGAGCUUUCGCGCUGCCCGUCCUGAGGUCUUUCGUUUUAAUCAGCAGCGGAUCACUUUGCCGAGCGCCGGGAAGAACAAAGGAAAUCAGGGAGACUCUCGGCUCCAAGUCGCCUUGCUCCGAGCGGCUUCUUUUCCGUCUGCUCCUUUCCGAAGAAGCUGCUUUUGUAAUCGUCACUGGAUGUAAUUGGAAUUUUAUAUUGAAGCAAGUGCUUAUUACCAGAGAAGUGAGUCACAGAGAAAUAAGGAUGAGUAAGAGCAAAGACGACGCUCCUCAUGAACUAGAGAGCCAGUUUAUCUUACGCCUACCUCCGGAAUAUGCCUCGACUGUGAGGCGGGCAGUACAGUCUGGCCAUGUCAACCUGAAAGACAGACUGACAAUUGAGUUACACCCUGAUGGUCGUCAUGGUAUUGUCAGAGUGGACCGGGUUCCGUUGGCCGCAAAAUUGGUAGAUCUGCCCUGCGUUAUGGAAAGCUUGAAAACCAUUGAUAAAAAAACCUUCUACAAGACAGCUGAUGUUUGUCAGAUGCUUGUAGCCACAGUUGAUGGUGAUCUCUAUCCUCCUGUGGAAGAGCCAGUUGCUGCCGCUGAUCCCAAAGCAAGCAAGAAAAAGGAUAAAGACAAAGAGAAAAAGUUUGUCUGGAACCAUGGAAUUACCCUUCCUCUGAAAAAUGUCCGAAAGAGAAGGUUUAGGAAGACAGCAAAAAAGAAGUAUAUUGAAUCUCCAGAUGUGGAAAAGGAAGUGAAGAGGUUGCUGAGUACAGAUGCCGAAGCUGUCAGUACUCGUUGGGAAAUAAUUGCUGAAGAUGAGACAAAAGAGACAGAAAAUCAGGGCCUUGAUAUCGCCUCUCCGGGAAUGUCUGGCCACAGGCAGGGCCAUGACUCAUUGGAACAUGAUGAGCUUCGAGAGAUAUUCAAUGACCUCAGCAGCAGCAGUGAAGAUGAAGAUGAGACACAGCAUCAAGAUGAGGAGGAUAUAAACAUCAUCGACACUGAGGAAGACCUGGAGAGACAGCUACAGGACAAGCUAAAUGAAUCGGAUGAACAGCACCAGGAAAAUGAAGGAACCAAUCAGCUCGUUAUGGGAAUUCAGAAACAAAUUGAUAACAUGAAAGGCAAGCUCCAGGAGACUCAGGACAGGGCAAAACGACAGGAGGAUCUCAUCAUGAAAGUGGAGAACCUGGCUCUCAAGAACAGAUUCCAGGCCGUUCUGGAUGAACUCAAACAAAAGGAAGACCGAGAAAAGGAGCAGCUCAGCUCUUUGCAGGAAGAGCUAGACUCACUCUUAGAGAAGUAAGAGGAGCUUUGUUACUUUGUCUUUAGACAGUCCACUAAAAGAAAAACCUUGGACUGGUUGUUAUGUUCUUGUAGUAGUCCCUAUUCCCUCCAUUACCUUCUUUUGAAACUAUCCCUUUUAAACCAUUAGGCUAGGUGUUUAUCUUGUAGGAAAUAGGAUUGUAUAUACAGAAAAAUGUAGGAAAGUUCUAGGUUUAGUGGAAUGAACAAUUCAACCUUAAUAAUCACAGUUUCAUUGCAGGACAUUGCUGUUUUUCUGUUUGCUAGAAGCUGUUACUACUGCUUUGUGGUGCCAUCUGAGAUCAGUAAGAGUCUAGCCUAGAAGCAGUGAAGCUAGUUUGCAAAUUUUUUCCUGUGCACUAGGUCCUUUCUCAGCUAUUAAAAGCAAACAUUUCCACAUGUAGAGUUGCAAAUCGUUUUAUGAAGUUGUUUCUAACACAGUAAAUAAAAGUAGCUAAUUUUCA